UUCAGUCAUAUUAAAUGUCACUGCUGGAGGCAACGGGCCACGACAGCGUUAUUUAUCGACAUUAACGCUUUCAUAAAAAAACAAAUAAUAAUAAUUAUAAUAUUUUCUUUAAAAAACUUCUUCAUAUUGGAAACACGCCCUAUUGCCAGCGCCUAAUUCGCAGAGAAGACGCAGAAUGGCAGGAAAACUGCAGUUAAGAUUAAAAAUCGCACACAGAGCUGAGCUUAUCGUUCCACUCGGGGCGUCUUUGUCCAGGUGAAAUGAAAUCCUCGUGUCCUUUUUGCGUGCCCCUUUUCCCCCACCGCUCUGCGGCUGGUGCUGGGACACUGCAGAGCGCAAAUGAGCGUUAUGGGUCUGACAACAGCUGCACUUCCAGCCCGUCCAGGAGGGUUCAAGCCUCGUCUUAUAGCGCUGCUAUCAAGGGGCCUCCAAUUAAAGCCAACACAACUUCGCUUGCGUGUUUGGUGCUCGCGUGUGUGUGUGCGCGCGUGCGGUGAGGUGGAUGGGUGGUGGGAGGUUCACGUGAUAAUGUAACACGUCUUGAGAUGAAGCAUCCACACCUGCAAACCUCCCCGAGCUUUGCUAAAUCUAUUAACGGGACUGAUGUUUGUCUGUUGUUUAUGAAAAAUAAUGCCGUCAUCGAGCUUACAAAGACCACAGCUCGCUGGCGUGGAUCCAACUGGAAGGUCACGCGGCCCAAAUCUCCAAUUAAUGAACGGAUUAAUUAAAAAAAAAAUAUAUAUAGUUUUGUUGUCACCAAGUCCGCACUGCAUACUGGAAGCUGAACGCCUUUUAUUUCCUGCCUUUAUUAUUUGGGCAACAAAGCUUUCCACACCCUUUUAAAACUGACACAGAUCGUUAUUGCAGCCCCCACUGCGCCCUGCGUAAAGCAGACCAUCUUUGGAGAUAGGGAUGGAAUUUUAAAAAGCAUGAAUUUCUAAAAAUAUGCAAUAGCUGGUUGAGGUUUCCCUGUAGCGACCACCAACUGGAGGUCUCUCUCUCAUCUCGCCUUUACUUCCACGUUGCUUCUUAUAAAGCCCGUAAGAAGAAAAGCAGAAAGAAAGAGAAAAACACAAACAAAUGAAAUGCGGAGACUACACAGUUCUCGGCUGCUGUCAGAUCAACUCUCCAGCAGGUAAACAAGGUUUUGGCCUAAUUCAGCAGACAGAGAAAAGACGAAAGGCCGCGUUAAUGAAUCCUUGACAGUGGAUAAUGACUGUUUCAAAAGAGCGUUUAAAAGAGGGAGAGAGAGAUUUCUAUACAUGUAAGCAUGUGCAACGAGCUGGAGUCUGUUCGGGUUAUUUGAGUAAGGAGGCUGUUGUUACCUGGGAUACAUUUUAUUAUUUAAUUAAUUCAGUUUUUAACCAAAUCUCAUUCAUUUGGGCCAAAAACAAAUCACAUUGUUUCAAAAAUGUUCAAUUGAAUCUGUCCCCGCCCUCUAGCCUAUCACUGAUCACUGCCCCGCCCCAGACAGAACAUUUAUGCCACAAACACAAACACACUGUUGCGCGCGCGCGCGCGCGCGCGUGUUUGUGUGUGUGUUUUCGGGACCAAACCAAACACUCGGUCCGGUCCAGCUCACACUUCCCAAAAACUCUUCCAGUCUGAUGAUGAAGUUUUAUUAGAAAGUGUCUUUAAACGACACCCCGUGAGACACGUGUUUAUUCCCACUUGUGAGGACUCCCGGUGAAACCACAGAGGGCCUCAGACGCCUGCAUGGAUGCAUAUGAUUUCAUAAAUAAAUCAAAUAUAUUUGCACCGAGUUUGUGCAGCUUACGUUCCCGUCGUCUCGCCUUUAAAUGGCAGAACAAACGUAAUGAAAAUGUCAAUACCAUAAAGCAGUGGUCCAGAAUCAGGAGUUUUUGAGGGGAGAGUGACAGCUCUUUGUUACUGAAUAGAAAUCAACGGCGAUGCAGGGAGAGAGAGAGAGAUGGGGAGAGGGAGGGAGGGAGAGAGGGAGAGAGAGAGGAACUCCUCCUACCAAAUUAUUCAGACUGGGCCGGCUCUGCUCUCUUCACAAAUAGGACACGGUUCUCAAAUCCAGGCAGUCCCAACCUGACCUCCAAGCACCGAGGAACCCCGGACUGGGAAACUGGGAGAGAGAGAGAGAGAGAUCACCAAAAAGAAACAACAACAACAACACACACAAAAAAACUUUGUGUCAUUAUUUUGGCCAGUGUUCACACUCCCUCCCCUCCUCCCUCCUCAAACUCCACCACCACCACUUCCACACCGGCCUGUCGCAUCAUUUGGACUAUAUGUUUUUUGGUUUUUUUUUGGUUUUUUUCCUGGAGGAGAGACAUUCACAGGAAGAAGGAGAGCUCCUCCUGCCCCACUCAUGCUGUAGUUUCUUCGUUUUGUCCUUUUUCUUCCCGUUGCUUCUGCUGAGGAGGUGAUCUGAAUCUCUGGGGUUGUGUCUAUUUUUUUUCCUUCUUCUUCCUUGUGCCUCUUUUUAGAGCCUCAGAGCCCAUUUGGAUGCGCUGAGAGAGCGGGGCGCAGCGCUGCAGUGCAUUAUAUGGAAGUUGUGGGCUGCAAGACAGAGGCAGGCAGUUGCACGUUGCGUCCAGGACCUGGAGCCAUGCUUUUCCACGGGAUCUCCGGGGAUCACAUCCAAGGAAUCAUGGAGGAGAUGGAGAGAAGGUCGAAAACGGAGUCUCGUCUGGCGAAGGGCAUGCAGCUGAACGGAAGAGAGUCGACCAUGCCUUCUAUGAGCCCAGAGAAGCCAGCCCUGUGUGCCGGCUGUGGCGGCAAGAUUUCGGAUAGAUACUACCUCCUGGCCGUGGACAAACAGUGGCACCUGCGGUGCCUCAAAUGCUGUGAAUGUAAACUAGCGCUGGAGUCGGAGCUAACGUGUUUUGCCAAGGAUGGGAGUAUCUAUUGCAAGGAGGAUUACUACAGGUUCUCCGUGCAGAGGUGCGCGCGUUGCCACCUCGGGAUAUCGGCCUCGGAGAUGGUGAUGAGAGCGCGCGACUCCGUGUACCACCUGAGCUGCUUCACGUGCACCACUUGCAACAAGACCCUGACCACGGGCGAUCACUUCGGCAUGAAGGACAGCCUAGUGUACUGCCGACUUCACUUCGAGACGCUGGUGCAGGGACCGGACUACCACCCCCAGCUCAACUUCGCCGAGCUGGCAGCCAAGGGAGGCGGCCUCACUCUACCCUACUUCAACGGCACCGGCACGGCACAAAAGGGAAGGCCGCGCAAGAGGAAGAGUCCGGCCAUGGGGAUAGAUAUACCGAGCUACAACACAGGCUGUAACGAGAACGACACCGAUCACUUGGACCGGGACCAGCAGGCCUACCCUCCGACGCAGAAGACCAAACGCAUGCGGACCUCCUUCAAGCACCAUCAGCUGCGGACAAUGAAAUCCUACUUUGCCAUCAACCACAACCCCGAUGCCAAGGACUUAAAGCAGCUGGCCCAGAAAACAGGCCUGACUAAGAGAGUCCUACAGGUUUGGUUCCAAAACGCAAGAGCCAAAUUCAGAAGGAACGUUUUGCGACAGGAGAAUGGAGGUGUUGAUAAGGCUGAUGGCACCUCACUCCCUCCGCCCUCAUCCGACAGUGGGGCCCUGACCCCCCCCUCCAGCGCGGCCACACUAACAGACCUGACAAACCCCUCUAUCACUGUAGUGACCUCCGUCACCUCUAGUUUGGACAGCCAUGAUUCGGGGAGCCCUUCGCAAACUACCUUGACAAACCUUUUCUAACAAGCUAUCUCUAGCAGACUGAUUCUAUUUGGGUUUGUUUCCCCUUUUUCUUUCUUUUACUUUUCUUUCUUUCUUUUCUUUCUUCAGUUUCACAUUUUAUUUUUUAAAGUGACACCUUUAAGUCAAGCAGAGACAGCUCCUUGGAACAGAAAGUGCUGCACUGUGCACGCAAACAAGAGCAACAAGAGCAACAAGCAGCAGCGACCGCAUUAAGAGGAAACCAUUUUAAUGUGUAGCAUUUGAAACUGCAGAUGCAGAGAUUGACUCGGGAUGGGACGUUUUUGGAGGCGAAGGCUUUAGGAAGGAAAAAAACGAAACUUGAAGUUUGCCUGGAAAACUUAAUUUGUACAUUUGUCUUGAAUUCUGGUUAAAAAAAGAAGGAAAACGAGCCCGCCCUAAUUUAUGGUUAAUUGGUCAAUUUGGAAAUCCUAGCGCUAUUUUGCCCUCAGAUUCCUGUACAUGUAUGCACUGUGUUCGCACUAUCCGACUGAAAUAUUUUUGUUUCUGUUUUGGACUCAUUUGGGAAAAAUAAACUUGUAGAAUGUUCUGUAUAUGGGUAACUCCAGAAAACAGGCUUUAAUUAUUUCCGAAUGUUUCGGUCUUAAAGACUGAGUUGGAUGGAAUCAGAGCUACACGUGAGAAAAAGAAGACGAAGGAGAAAAAUGUGCAGAUAGGAAAGCGUAAGCAUUUUUAUCACAACUUUACUGUGACGAGGAGAGAGAAGCAAACCCCUCAAUCUGUACAGUGGUAACUGUUCAACGUGUGAUGUCGUCACCUUUUCGACAAUUAGAAACCGGCCAGAGAAAUUCGGAUUAAGGAUUGUUUUCACGACAGAGCACUUUUUGUUUUUUUGCCUUUUCUUUUUGUCGUCGUCUUGUUGGCCUCACAGAUUAACCGCGGAUAAAAAGCCUAGUGAGCGUAGAUCCACAGCUAAACUCGAUUGCACAGUGACAAUAUACUGCCCAGUGAAAAGUGCAUUAUUGUUUUUAUCAUGUUGCUCAGGGUAACGAUGUGAUCUUGGGGAAAAAAGAACAGAGCAGGGCGAGGAGUGAAGCGGUCGCGACGUAGAUUUGUAGAGCUGACAUGAACAUUCAAAUGACCUCAUAUAGGUGGAGUCGUGAGAGGCAGCCAGCGGGAAAUCACUGUCCGUGUGUUCUCCUUUCUGGCCAUAUAUUUCUGCUUUGUUUAACGACACUUGCCACUGAACAGACCAAAAAACACAAAAAAAGGGAAAAAGAAAAAAACCCAACCAUGUUUCUUCUGGCUGAAAGGUAGAGAGCGAGAGAAAAGGAAAGGGCGAGCAAAUCUUCAAUGGAGUCGACGCAUUUCGUCGCGAGCGGGCGUCACGGUUUGUUCCGUCGGGGGGCAAAGGUGGCGCUCCCGAUCUACUCGAUGAAGUAGAUGCCUAACUCAGUUCUUCUAUGUGCCUUACGCUAUAACUUGGGAGAAGUUUGUGAAAUUCAGGAUCUAUGUGUUCUUUGUUAACUGAUUCACAUCCUUUUUGGCGCCUCACUAGUUUUGUACUGUUUUGCAUCUUAUCUCCGAAGAUCUUUUUAUGGUGUAUCCUGUUAAAAAGGGGGCAGCGAUGUCACAGAAAGCAUUUGUGCACUCUUUCAGAUAUA